AUGACCCUGCUCCCCGCCGCGCAGCACAAAGCCCGUGAAGCAGGCCGCGGACGAUGCUCCAACAUGUCGGGGAACCAUUACAAAGGCCACGAAGUCAGCUGCUGCAUCAAAUACUUCAUUUUCGGAUUCAACAUCCUGUUCUGGCUGCUGGGCAUGGCCUUGGUUGGAAUUGGACUGUGGGCAUGGAGUGAGAAGGGGGUCCUGUCCAACAUCUCGUCCAUCACCGACCUGGGGGGCCUGGACCCGGUCUGGCUCUUUAUGGUGGUUGGAGGGGUUAUGUUCAUUUUGGGCUUCGCUGGAUGCAUUGGAGCGCUGCGAGAAAACACCUUUUUGCUUAAGUUUUUUUCUGUCUUUCUGGGAAUAAUCUUUUUCCUGGAGCUGACAACGGGAAUUCUGGCCUUUGUCUUCAAAGACUGGAUCAAAGACCAGCUGAACCUGUUCAUAAACAACAACAUCCGGGCGUACAGGGACGACAUCGACCUGCAGAACCUAAUCGAUUUCACUCAGGAAUACUGGGAAUGCUGCGGCGCGUUCGGGGCUGACGACUGGAACCUGAACAUAUACUUUAACUGCACUGAUGGGAAUCCAAGUCGGGAAAAGUGUGGGGUUCCCUUCUCCUGUUGCACCAAGGACCCCGCGGAGGAUGUAAUAAACACUCAGUGUGGAUAUGAUGUUCGAGCAAAACCGGACGCUGAGCAGAAGGACUUCAUCAACGUGAAGGGCUGUGUGCCACAGUUUGAGAAGUGGCUACAGGACAACCUGACCCUGGUGGCCGGGAUCUUCAUCGGAGUCGCACUACUGCAGAUUUUUGGGAUCUGUUUGGCCCAAAAUCUAGUGAGCGACAUAGAAGCAGUGAGGGCGAGCUGCCUCGUCUUUGAACGCGUCUCCCUGCGUCCAGUCAGGGGGGGCUCAGAGACCGGCCCCGCCCACCUGCACCGCUCCCUACCCUGAACCAGCACCCCCUCUCCAGGCACCAACCUGUGAAACGCUCUGUAGAAACACUGGGCGCCACCACCGGAUAACAAAAAAAGAGAAAAAAACACGGCCCAAGAUGACACGGAAUCACUGGCCAACUGCAGUGCUCCAGUUUUGAUAGCUACAUGUAGAGAAUAGCAGUUUUGAUACAUCUUUUUGAUAUUAGAUUCAUAUUUUUCACUUUGGAAGUAAGGGCCCAGCACUGAAGCGUAGUCUGUGACACCGAGGGAACAAAGAGCCGGUCCCCCCGCCCAAGUCAGGAUCCUGCUCCCCAAGUCAGGAUCCUGCUCCGCCCCCCCUGCCCAGGUCAGGAUUCUGCUCCGCCCCCUGCCCAAUUCAGGAUCCUGCUCCGUCCCCCACUCUGGACUCAAUCUUUCAUGUUACUGCAC